UAAUCGGCAUUCCGCGGAGGGGACAUGUGCACUGAUGAUCAUCAGUGUAGCCCCAGCAGUGCCACCUGCCAGUGUCCAUCAGUGCCUUAUGUUAGUGCCCAUCAGUGCCACAUAUCAUUGCCCAUCUGAGCUGCCUUUCAGUGUCACCCAUCAGUACCAUCAGUGCCGCCUAUCAGUGCCAUCAGUGCUGCCUAGCAGUGCCAUAUAUCAGUGCCAUGUAUCAGUGCUGCCUUUCAGUGCCCAUCAGUGAUGCCUGUCAAUGCCCAUUAGUGCCACCUACCAGUGCCUCCUCAUCAGUCCCCAUCAGUGCCACCUAUCAGUGUCCAUCAGUGCAGCCUAUCAGUGCCCAUCAGUGCAGCCUCAUUAGCGCACAUCAGUGA